UGUGCACUAAUGAGACAGAGUGGCUGGGGCCACAGGGGCUACAGCCUCAGAGAGAGGGGAUUUACUCUAUACCGACAACAUUUUCCACUUAUUCUGAGAAACACACGGGCAGCGUGAGCAAGGGAGGAAGCAUCAUCUCAGAUCGGCCAACUGGUAGGUAUACUGCACCUACCUUACAUUUAAAAAGUGGAGCAGGAAGAAUGAGAUCUGUCUGAAGUUAAUACAGCAGCAAUGAUCAUGUGGACAUUGGUGCUCCUCACAAUAGGAAUAGUGGAUUUGGGUAUUGGCCAACACUACAGCCAGAUCCAGUGGCUGUCCCACCUGCGCAGGCGACAAUGGCACGCUGGUUUGCAGGCUGAGGAUGCAAAUUGCCCCCUGGAGUGUAAUUGCCCCUCAGUCUACCCCACAGCCAUGUACUGUCAUAGCCGCAACCUUCAGCAUGUUCCCUAUGUCCCCUCGCAUAUAAAAUAUGUCUACCUGCAGCAUAACCAGAUCACAGGCAUCCAGGAUGGGGUGUUUGAUAACGCUACCGACUUGGUCUGGAUUGUGUUAUUUCACAACAAGCUCAGCUCAGACAAAAUCGGCAAGAACGUCUUCAGCAAGCUCAAGAACUUGGAUCGGCUCCUCUUGGAUCACAAUGACCUAACACACGUGCCUCCUAACUUGCCCACUUCAAUCACAGACCUGCGACUUGGGCACAACAAGAUAUCAAAAGUCCUUGCCAGCUCAUUCAAGGGGAUGACCAACCUCACCACCCUUCAUCUCCAAGCAAAUGCCAUAGAAGACGUUGGAGGUGUGUUCAAGGGGUUCAAGUCUCUGACAAUGCUGGAUAUCAGGAAAAACAAGCUAAGGAAAAUCCCUGACAACCUCCCUGUGAGGGUGCAGCAGCUAUACCUGGAAUUUAAUAAUAUAGAAAGCAUUCCAGCAGAUUUUCUCACCAUGUAUCCCAAACUGCAGUUUGUCCGCUUAGCUCAUAACAAGCUGACUAAUGAAGGACUUCCUUCCAAUGUCUUCAAUAUCAGCACGUUGGUCGAGCUUGACCUGUCCUUCAAUAAACUGGAAAAGAUUCCUGUUGUCAGCAUGAACCUGGAGAACCUUUACUUGCAAGGCAAUAAGAUUAAAGAGUUCUCCCUGAGCAGUUUCUGCAGUGCUGUUGACAUGUCAAACUUCUCCAGGCUGAAGAUGCUCCGUCUCGAUGCUAAUGAGAUCAGUGCCAAAGACAUUCCUGCUGAAGCCGCCUACUGUUUGCGGCAUGUUGCUUUCAUUGAUGUGUAGAGGUUUCCGAAAUGUCUCUAUCUGUAACACAUGCCAUGCUAUUAUGCUUCAUUGCAUUUUCCUUAUAUUACUCACUCUCCUCUUCAUUAAAACAUGAUUGCAUAAUGUUUGUUUAAGCUGUUAUGAAAGCUGUUAGCAUUAUUGAAAUUAUAAAACUAACCAAAAGGAAAUACCAUAGUUUUACAAUCACAUAUCCGGGUGGCAGACAUGUGGAUGACAAAGAGUGAAGAGAUCUGGUCUAAUGAGUUACAUCCGCUCAACUAAUUAAUUGGUUCCAGUUGUCUGGUAAAAUGGUUAGUAAUAAUAGUGCUCAGGUAUAAUAGGAAUAUAAUAUAAUAUAAAAUAUAAUAUGAAACUGCCAGCCAUUGGAUUUUUGCCUCCAUCAUGUGGCACCUGGUGGAAGGGAGCAGUAAUUAUCAUCAAUAUGUUUUUGUGAACAUUUUAAAAUUAUAAUCAGUGAUGCACACUGAGUAAAGCAUUUACACUUUGUCUUCUGGUUAUUCAGUCCAUAGGACAAUUUUGAUUUUCUCCCUGUUCACAUUUAACAUGUGAAAUUGUCUGGUUAAGUGUGUCUCUAAUUAAAUAUGUAUUCUACUUCAAA